GGUUACGCCACUCGUGACCGAGAGGUGGUGCUAUCGCAGCGCUCUACUGGGGUGCGUGCCUCCGGAACGUCCCUUGUCCGUCCACGGCCCGUGACGUAUUUCCUGGGGCUUGUGUAGAUCUCUCCGGCGCCUCACCGCAGAGGGCUACCAUGACUAUUUAUAACCAGCAAUUGUGUCUUAUCAAAUGUUCUGUGGUUUUUCCGCGCCGUCGUCGUUCCUAGCACCGCUCGGUGGGAGACAACAACCACGCCGGCUCGAGCAGCAUGCAAACCGAAGCUGGUAAGCUGUGACAUUCCGGUUCUUUGUCCCUCCAUGCAUCCGCAAGUACCGGGGGAAGCCCUGGCCUGGCGGAAAGGCGCAACACUCAGAGACUGUCCUGGUUCCGGAGACGCCAUGGCCGCCGGCCCGCCAGCUCCCUCUGUGAGCAGCCGUAGGCUCACUCUGGUAGAGCUGACGAUAUGGUUUCUGUUGAUCUUGCUGGUUUUUGGGCUGGAACCAGUAACUGGUCAGAAGAUCUACACCAAUACGUGGGCUGUGCACAUACCUGGUGGUCAGGAGGAAGCGGAACAAGUUUCCCUUAAACAUGGUUUCAUCAACUACGGCCAUGUUUUUGGCGACUAUUAUCACUUCAAGCAUCGUACAGUGGCAAAGCGAUCGCUGUCUGAUCAUAGGGGCACGUAUGUCCGUCUGCUUAAGGAUCCCAAGGUGACCUGGGCAGAGCAACAGGUGGUCAAACGUAGAACAAAAAGGGACAUCUACACAGAACCUACUGAUCCAAAAUUCAGUGACCAGUGGUACUUGUACAACACCAACCACCGUGACCUGAAUGCCAAAGCUGCUUGGCAGUUGGGCUACACAGGUAAAGGUGUGGUGGUGUCCAUCUUGGAUGAUGGUAUAGAGAAGAACCAUCCUGACCUGAGUCAGAACUAUGACCCGGAAGCCAGCUAUGAUGUGAAUGAUGGAGACUCAGAUCCUCAGCCAAGAUAUACACAGCUGAAUGACAACAGACAUGGAACACGCUGUGCGGGAGAAGUGGCAGCAGUAGCCAACAAUGCCAUUUGUGGCGUUGGUGUGGCUUACAAUGCCAAGAUUGGAGGCGUGCGCAUGCUGGACGGCGAGGUGACCGACAUGGUGGAGGCCCAGUCUCUCAGCCUGAACCCUCAACACAUCGACAUCUACAGUGCCAGCUGGGGCCCAGAGGAUGAUGGCAAAACUGUAGAUGGGCCUGCCAAACUCGCCAAAGAGGCCUUUCUGCGUGGAGUUACUGAGGGUCGAGGAGGUUUGGGCUCCAUCUUUGUGUGGGCAUCCGGCAACGGUGGGAGAGAUAAAGACAGCUGUAACUGUGACGGCUACACCAACAGUAUCUACACGCUAUCCAUCAGCAGCUCGACCCAGAAUGGCUUCGUCCCCUGGUAUAGCGAGGCUUGCUCCUCAACCCUCGCGACCACGUACAGCUCGGGCAACCAGAAUGAAAAACAAAUAAUUACGACAGACCUAAAGGGUAAAUGCACAGAUUCCCACACGGGGACCUCUGCCUCCGCCCCGCUGGCUGCUGGGAUAAUUGCUCUGGCACUUGAGGCAAAUAAAAAUUUGACCUGGAGGGACAUGCAACAUCUGGUUGUGCGAACUUCUCACCCUGCCCACCUGGCCACCAAUGACUGGAAUACCAACGGGGUUGGACGCAAAGUCAGCCAUUCAUACGGAUAUGGCCUACUUGAUGCCGGCGGAAUCGUAGCGCUGGCAAAGACGUGGACCAGCGUGGGACCACAACGAAAAUGCGUCAUCACCUUGGUCUCCGAACCCAAAAACAUUGGCGGACAUUUGUCAGUUAACAAGAGCGUGGACGCCUGCAUGGGGAGCGACAGUCACGUGACUUCACUGGAACACGUCCAAGCUCGGCUCACACUGUCGUACAACCGGAGGGGCGACCUGGCUAUCCACCUCAUUAGUCCUGCCGGCACGCGCUCAACGCUACUUCACCCCAGGCCUCAUGACUACUCAUCAGAGGGUUUUAAUGACUGGGCUUUCAUGACCACACACUCUUGGGAUGAGAACCCAUCUGGAAAGUGGACGCUGGAGAUUGAGAAUGUAUCAGGGGCCAGUGACUACGGCACUCUAACCCAGUUCAUCCUGGUGCUGUACGGCACCGGCCCCCCUGGUGAUUCUCAGCCUGUAAACGGCAACUGUAAGACGUUGGACCUCAAACAGACAUGCCUUGAGUGUAACCCCGGCUACUACCUCUUCAUGCAAAACUGCGUGCGACAAUGUCCGGCAGGCUACGCCGUGGGUUCCCAGCCCGUCAACUACACGGUGGGGAACAACAUUUCGCCGGCCUCGGUCCCGGCCUGCAUGGCGUGCCUGCCUCCCUGCCUGACGUGCAGCAGCCUCAGCGUCGAGGCCUGCCUGUCGUGCCCCCCUCACAGAUCCCUCAAUAGCAUCACCGGCACCUGCGAUCGCGUCGCCCAGUACAUGCGCGAGUCUCCCGGCGUCUUUGCGGCGGGCCAGGGGGACGCGGGACUGCAGCCGCAGCUCAGCUCCCAGUUGCCUAUGACUGUGGCCAUUCUCAGCUGCAUGGCCAUCAUGGCCAUCUUCGCCGGGAUCUUCCUCCUGCUGCAGCUGCGCUCGGGCGCCCUCGUCAAGCUCCCGUCCCUGGAAGCCGGCGGCGGCGGCCUCGCGGGCAGCUUCAGCCUGGGCGGCAACAGGGUGGUGUCGUACCGCGGCAUCCCGACAGUGUGGGGGGACGACGGCGCCAACACGGACUCGGAAAAUGAAGAGUUUGACGUCCAAAACGAGAGGACCGCCUUUAUCAAAACACAAAGUGCUCUUUAAUACUUUCUGUUUCGGCCCGUUUUUUUUUUUUUUUUUUAAUCUUCACCAAUCCUUCGGUAAUUCAGGGCUGGGGUUUCUUUGCUUUCCUGCUCCUCUCUGGUUUUAUCUUUCAUCUUGACCCUUCAGCCUCCAUUUUAGCGGGUUUCCCCAU